AUGCUUAAAUCUGUGGCGAAGUGUGAAGCAGUAAAGUACACAAACAUUUGUACAAAAAUAAUUAAGUUAAACUAUGAUUUACGCCUCGAGAGUUUGGACGUGAAAUUGGAUAGAUCUCAGAGGAUGGAGAAGGAGCUCAUUUGUAUGGCAAAUGCUGAUGGAUGUGAAACGGAGGAGAAAGGGAGUAAUGGAGGAGCAAAGGUGGCAAUGGUUUCCUGCCCCGCUUGUGAGAAGAAGAUAUGCAUUGGAAACUGUGACGUGCAGUCAUUUCCCAGAGACAGAAUCUUGGAAAAGCUCGUGAAUCGUUCCUUUGGAGCGACGUCCGACGUUCUCUGUCAAAUGUGCGAUACGAUUCCCCCGAAUGCCGGGACAAUAUCUUGCGAGCAAUGUGAUAUCACGUAUUGCGAGAAAUGCUGCAAGACCUAUCACCCUCGUCGUGGACCGCUGGCUUCACAUAUGUUAGUAUCACCCUCAACUCUUGGCAAAGGAAGGCAAGAUGUGAUGAAGUGUAGUCAUCAUAGAGAGGAAAACAUCAGCAUGUAUUGCGUCAAGUGUAAGACAACGGUCUGUUACCUCUGUGUAGACAGAGGAAAACAUCGUAAACACGAUGUAAAAGCCCUGGGAGAGAUGUUCAAGGAACAGAAGACGGAGCUUACAGGAAACCUAAAACAGUUAUGUGAGAAAGAAAAAGAGUUACAAAGUUUCAUCGGCCGUUUAAAUGAGAAACGUGUUGAUAUUCAGGAAAAUGGUCUCGAUUUUGAGGCCAGUGUUGUAGCACAAUGCGACUCCCUGAUAAGGUUUAUUGAAGGGAAAAAGAAUGAAUUAUUGCAGGUCGUCACAACAGAGAUCAAUAAAAAGAUUAAGAACUUAAACAAUCAGAUUAAAGAAUGUGAAGGAAAGGCAUAUGAAGCCAAAGGAUUGAUCGAGUAUACAAUGGAGGUCUUGAGAGAAGUCGAUCCAUCCUCUUUUCUAUUGGUCUCAAACUCCGUGAGUCAAAGGGUGUUGACGUCACAACGUGAUUGGUAUAAGGAUUUCUCCAUGGAACCGACUACUUCAUGUAACAUCAACCUAACACUAGAUCUUUCCGUUAUACACGAAGUGUUGCAAGAUAUGAACUUUUACGAGUUAAAAGCGCCACCAGCUCCGGAAUUCCUACCCGAUCAAUGUUCAGUGUUGAAUGACAAGAUCAUCUUAUCAUGGCGUCCUGUGGAACAUGGAAAUCCGCAAGGUUUUGUGGUCGAAAUCGACGAUGGGUGUGGAGGAAGCUUUAGAGAGGUGUACAGUGGGGAUAAGACCAAGUGCACAGUCAGCGGGGUGCAGUUUGACUCCACGUACAGAGCACGUGUACGAGCCUACAGCAGUGCUGGUGAAAGCCAAUCAAGCGAUCUUGUUUACCUGGGCACACCAGAUUUGGCCUAUUUUACGUUCGACCCCGAGACGGCUCCGUCAGGUGUAUCCUUGUCAAACGACAACUACACAGUUACUUGCAACUGCAGUGAAAAUCGCGUGGUUCUAGGAAACAUUGGUUUCUCAAAAGGCAUACACUACUGGGAGAUCACGAUCGACAAGUAUACGAGCAAUCCCGAUCCUGCGUUUGGCGUCGCCCGAGCCGAUACCGAGAAGAAUACGAUCUUGGGAAAGGACACGAAAGCCUGGUCGAUGUACGCCGAUGCAAGCCGAAGCUGGUUCCGACAUAAUAAUGCACAUUUCGAACGCCACCUGGGCGGGAUUGAGACGGGGGCUGUUGUAGGAGUGUUGUUAGAUGUGAGUUCGUAUAGACUCACGUUCUUUCUCAACGACGAUGAGAGGGGAUCGAUACAAUUGCCGAGCGGAAAUGAGAUGUUUUACCCGGCUGUCAGUCUGAAUAGAAACGUCGAACUAUCUUUGCAAUCUGGCCUGCGUCCCCCAGACAGUUCAACUGCAUAGUGAUAAUGGCAUCAGGGACAUGAGUGAACUCAC